CGGAUCCUCUCAUGUUCUCCUCUUGAAAUCGAAAUGUAAUCGUUGGGGAAUAAAGAUUAUCGAUCAGUUGUUUCUUCAUGUAAUAUUCUUUAUAUAGAGAGGGCCAACAAAGUCGUGAGCACGAUAACAAACUGUAGAAGGAAGGUACUGAGACGUGUUCAAUCUUCGAAUCGUUUCAUUGAAUACCGAUACGAUGACAACCUUGGGUCGUGAUCGCGUCGCCCGGAUGAGAGGAGAUAGAAAGUAUUUGAUCAUAGACCCACUUAUGAAAAACGAGUUCAUGCUCGCCUCAGGGCCGCUAUGUAAAUUGACCCUUUUUUCUCUAAAACACCGACAGCCAGAUUGCAAUCCUCCUACACAUUCGAACCUCUGACAGCGACAAACAUUAUUUUCGGGCACAUACUUUGGGGGCGAGGUAGAUUAUAGGUAUUGUCGGACGGGAGGUCCAGAGCACUUAUAUAUAAUCUACACAGACUCACUCCAGUUUUGUUUUCCUACUUUUGUAUCAUACUGUUCUUGUAGAAAUAGAAGUUUUUAUAGCGACAUCUGAGCUGCUUCGACGUGCAAUAAACUAUUCGUAUUAAGAAUUUGGGUGUUGAUCCAUCUUUUUGGCGCUACUUGUAAGUCUCGAUAUUUUUUGACUAGUUGUACGCCGUUGCUGUUGAAAGGUGAAAAUACAAAAUAAUGUUUUUUGAUUUGGGCGGUCCCUUGCGACGUGAUGCGUUUGUCGGCAAUAGUCCAGGCCGAAUGAAGACUUCCUUUAUGGCGGCUUCGAGUAGCUCCAGUUCGAGCGCCCCCAACGACUGGCGGGGAUUCCGUAGAAGAACUGGGACCAACAUCGGCACUACAGGCACAUCAACGUCCUCUUCAGCGACCACUGGAGCGGGCAGUGUUUUUGUAGGUGGCGACAACACCCCACCACCGCACGGUCAUCAUGGUGGACCACGAGAUCACAGCGGUGGAACGAGCAAGCGACCGGCCGAGUACAGCACCGUUGAAAUGCGAGAGCUAUUCGGCAGCCCAAAUGCAGAGGGGGCAAAUAAACGGCGCCGCUUCGAGAUGCCAGAUCAUGUAGUCCAGGAACUUAGUGACAGGUACUAUACUAGUUUUUUUUUUAUAAAUCUAUGGUAUUCACACUCUUAGUUAAUGUGUGCCGUGGAGGUUUUCUUUUCGUCUUACAAGCCAAUCGUAGCAGCUCCUCUGACUCAUGUGGGUCUCCAUGCCGUUCAUCUCUUUCUCGCGAGUCGGAUGCAUCAAAGUGUAAUGUUUUUAUUUCUGCAAAAUAGUAAUUACAGUUAGCCUAUCAGAAUUCCACUAAAAUCGUCCGAUCACGGUUGUUGUCUUCUUUAUCAUUUCGAUCACGCUUGUCAAAAACAUCUAUUCUUGUAGGUACGAAGUUCCUUCGGGCAUUGUUUCGUCUAUCCUGGAGAGUAGCCAUGUGGAGGAGGGGAUCAAGGCUCUGGGUCAGGUCCAGGAGUGUCUCCAGCGUAGGCCGCGGAAGCGGCAGCUGCGCGACGUCGAAGAGGAGGAGCGACAGCACGCUUUUAACAUAUCGCCGACAGGAGCCUAUAGGGACCAGGAUGACCGAGGAGGAAUGUUCUCCUCGCAAGAGCGAGGAGCAGGUGGACUACUGUCAUCCUCCCAUGCGGAUUCUCUGUCGUCGAGCGGUGGAUUACCAGAAAACAGCGCAUGGGUUGCACCAGAAACCCUAGAGGGAUGGGCACAAGAAUUCCUGCUAGCGUUUGAGACCGCCAGUGAUGAAAGCGACAAAAGGCAAAGAGCCAUGAAGCUCUUAACGGAGUUCGCAAAGAGAAGCGAGGUACUUACUCAACUUACAGUGAAUGUAAGUACUUAGUUGACCUUUUAGUGUUAUACUUAAAAUACGACGAUGGAUGCUGUUAUUGCACAUGGUAUAGUCCUUGUUUCUUACAUAAUACAGUAGGUUCUUGUUGUAGUCACGAAUAAAUCUAGGCGACAAAAAUGCUUCUCACGCUGUAGCUUUCCUUUCGACUGGUCGUGAGAGUCGAAAGCUCGCAAAGAUUAUUGCAUGCCGCUUCAUCUAACCCUAAUAAUUUCCCACUCCAGGUGGCCCAGAGGUACGAGAAGCUCCGAGAGGCAAAUCAAGUACUGUACAAGGCUGUGGGGAACUUGAAUGAACGAUUGCAUACUCAGCGGCAAUCAUAUGAACAAAGAGAAGAGACGUCACGGCAAAAGCAGGAACGCUUCGCGGAACUAGAAGAGGAACUGAGGAAGGCCCGACAACAAAAUGACAUCCUUCGAUAUCAUUUACAUUUGAAGGGAUGACGUGGUGAGCGGGAACCCGAAUGUACUCUUGUUCCCCUUUCCUCAAGUUGUUAUAACGACGUUCUUCUUUUCCACCUAGCUCGCUGUCCCCUCGCUCUCGCAGUAGUACAUACAGACCGUUCCGAAUCCGACUUCCGCCUCCGAAAUACGAACGAAACUCCAACUUAUACCCCUGAUGUGACAUCCUCGUAGCAGAAGUAGCAACAGCAGUAUCGCAUUGCAACAUCUUCUUCACGUUAUACGAAGAGCAAUGACAGACGCUGUUUGACAGAAAAAGAGCAGUGCCAGAAAUAGACGAACGGUAGCUGUGACAGAGCAGUCGUAGUUCGAUCCGUGCGUAGUCGUAGUUCGAUCCGUGAGCAGUCGUAGGCCGAUCCGUGAGUAGUCGUAAUUCCAUCCGUAAUGAAUGAGAAAGAGUAUUUCAGGCUAGAGCUUCUGGGUCUUCAUGGAUGAAUCUUGGUGAGAAAAGAAUUCUGCUAACGUCAAGACGAGAGGAUUCUAUAUCUACGCCAUAAGUGAGUAGCUAGUCAUCACAGUGUGUCAUACUAGAGUACAACAAGUACACGACUCUCAAGAGGUCGCUUGACCGAUUACUUUCGCUAGCUGAACUAUAUAUAUAUUUCGGGCUUCUUUUAUUUUCCAAGCGAAGACGUGCUGUUCUUUGGACGCAUCCACAUGUCGUCUUGCAAUAAAAUUACUCUUGGUAUCAUCGUGAAGAUGAGAAGAUGUUGUGCUAGCUGUUGUCCAUUUCUUCUCCGCAAACCAAUGCCUCAAGACCUAAGACUCCCAGCGACUUAUAGAUAUAGAACACUCGUUCUUGUUCCUUACUUACACGACUUAUACCAAAAAUGAAUAAAUAUAUCGAUCUUCCUAUCAAGAACUAUUAUA